UUCCAUCACGACGUUCGUACAGCACACAACGAGCUGAUUAAACUGGUCAGCACGAACAAGGAGUUGGCGAACGCAGUUGCACGGACGGAAGAUCCAAUGAGCUCUGAUGCUCUGGCUCAAAUUGAGAGCAGUAUUCGCGGCCAGUUGAGUGGUUUCAUGGAACUGUCUGCAACCGCUCGUCAACUUUCUUUGCAAUCGCGGGUGGUCGCCCCGCUUCAUUAUCGCACACCUCUUCCUGAAGGGCGACAUUCGGCUAACCUUCUCGCCUCUAUUCGUCUCUCGUCCGAUUCAUGGCUUCACCGAGGUGACCCAGUUCGCGUGUGGAAAACCAGUACCAUUGCAUCGGAUCUGCUUCACGAAUGGGCCGCAGAAACUCCAGACGGCACACAAGCGACCACAUUGCCCGCGGCGUGCCUGUGGCUUACCUCACCGGAGUCAAGCCCCCCGUCUAGUACACGAGAACAUGCCAGCCGCAUCACGGUUUACACAGGGCAAGCCGAGGAUGGAGUAGUGGGUCAGCAACAAAUGAAGCAUCUUGAGACGGAAGACGCCGGUGACGAGGGGGACAGUACCAGCAAUCAAUCCGACGAAAGGCGAUCGAGACGAAAACAAAAACCACGAGUGAACUUAUUCUCAAAUAACAAGGCUGCUGCUGCGAGAUUCCAAACGAUGUUAUUUGGUGCUUGGACAGAUACUAUUGGCGAUUGGGCAGCCCUGCUCAUUCCAACGUAUCAUUCGCAUUUAGAAAGCCUCCUAAAAUUCAAGGGUGAUAUCAAGACUACUCGGAAGAAGGAAAUGGAAGACUUAAAAUCCGAAUUGCCGUACCUGGUGGACUAUGGCGAUGUUCAUAUGCGAAAAGCUCUACAUGAGCUCCGAGCACGGCAAAUCAUUCAGACUGUUCGCGAUGAUUUGAUACAACCUGACGAACUGCUCCAACUGUUGAAAACUCUGGAUGCAUGGAAUAAACUUCGUAUUCAAUUACUGGACGCAAGGAAGGCAGCGUCCCCUCGUUCAUUAAGCCAUGAAGCUCUGAAAUCCGCACAAACCGCGCAAGCGAGACGACUCCAUUCGUUUGAUGUUCGAACGGUAUCCGAUUCACGAACCGAAGUCAAGCCUCAAAUGAUGGAAGUCACAUAUCCACUCUCCACGGAACGUGAGAUCAGUCAAAUAGAGGAAUUGGUCACAAGCUUCGCCGAGCCCGCUCCUCGAACCUAUCGAGUUCUGACUGAGGGGAAAGCCCAGUUCGUUGAAGCUGAACAUGCAAUUCCUGAUCAUGAACUACACCCAAUUCCGAUUCCCAGCAAACGUGCUCAGUCACAACCAGCCAAAAGUUCAAAAGCAGAAAAGAAGGAUCUCAUGACACAAAUCAAUACCCCGUACAUACCGACAUUAGUUCACUGUCCCAAAUGUGAUUUGGAAUAUGAAGUAGAUCUUUACCGGAGCCCAAAUGAUGUCAUGGCGCAAGCGAUUGAGCCGAUUUACUAUCAGACCAGGCCUGGAAGCACGAUUGGCUAUUCCCCACGCUUUGCGCAUACCAAGCAACAAAAUGGUACCGGUAGACUGGUAAGUGAGGAUUUGUCUACCAGUACUGCUAACGUCCGACCGGCUGAUUCAAUGCCUGCUCUGAGUACAGCACAAGAAAUACCGAAGUAUAUUACAGCCGACAGUUCCGUGUCCAGCCGUUCUCGCGCAGCUGAAUCCGGGUUUAAAUUACGCAAACGAUUGGGUCGCUGGAAUAAACACCGUCCGCAUAGCUUCUCGACAGUGACUGGUGGUGGCAUAACAACACCAGGAUUGACAGACACUACUGGAAGCUCCGGUAUUGACAGUCUUCCAGCAACCCCAACGCUAGAAGAAAGUGCUAAAAGGUCAAGGCACGGGCGUGUGAAGAAAUCAGCGGACAAAAGUCGACCAAAAACUGGAGGUAUAUCCAUUUUUCGAUGGGGACGGAAAAGGAAGGCCACACCGGAGUCAAUAUCUCCGGGAACAGAGAGUGUUGGUACUGAACCGGGACCAUCGGAGGUCUGUUCACCUCUGAUGACCGACCGACACUCGGCGUUGCAUGUCCAAACCGAGCUCAGUCAGCCCGACUCGAAUGCCACAUUGACCGAUCAGGAAACCCCACAAGCUGCUCUGGCCACGCCGAUAAUUCGUUCUCGGAGCUGGAUUCAGCAUGGUACCCCGUGGGGUUAUGGCCCACCGUUGCAUGAACAUUGGCAUCCAUCCACUGAGUAUGUGAUUACUCAGGAACGGCCACGUGUACAGUACGCGCAAAGUCAUAGUGAACGCCUUAGAAAUAAGGCAGCAAGACCGCGAAUAGGCAGUGGAGGAUACUUUGCUUCAGUUGAUUCCGAUCAUUCUUUGUCCGUGGACUACAGUCCCACGCAUCAGCUGAUGGACUCUGGAAUCCAAACAGACACUGAUUUGACUGCUGGAAUGGCAGACGUGAAACCGAAACGGGAGACAAAACAGACACAAGUUGGAGAAAACAAACGUAGCCAAGAGUUGUGCGCCAAGUGUCAAGUGCAGACAAAAUUGUAUCCACCAAUUCAUCAGGCUGUUCAAUGCGGUGUUUGUGCAACGCAACUCACACAAAUUGGUGUCGGGGUGGACAAUGAAUUGACGAAAAUUCGACAAUCAUCGGUCAGCUGUCAGGUGGGGAUUGAUGUUUCACCCAAACCGGAUCGAGUUCAAGUUUGGGAUGUUAGUUGUCAGAUAGGGAUGUUGAAACGAAAUCAGGGAACCGAUAUGGAUCAGUUUAAAUUGCAAUCGAAUUACCCAGUGGAGAAAGAAAACCUAGAAACAAACGCGGUAGCCACGCAAACAAUACCGGAUGCAAAAUCCUGUCUUGUUGAAAGCUUCGGUUACCGAAAACAACCUCGAAUGUUGUACUCAACGUCUUGUCAAGUAGGACAGAUUGUUCGAACUAUUGCUUCCGGUCCGGAACAUUUAGAAGCUGUACAACUUUUGGAUGAGAGCAUAGAACGGUAUGCCACAGAGACUGACAACCCAUCACCGAGACAGGCCUGUACAAUGGUUGGAAAAAAACUCCAGGUUGGUAAACCAUGGUCAGAUGACUUGAGACCUGUGGUGCAACAAAGUUCAGCACUGAGCAACGAAGUGGUGUGCACAGCUGAUCGCUCACAAGGUUCGCCGAAACCGCCGCCCAAGGUUAGCUACACAGAAUGUGAAGUACAAACAAACAUCACUGGCGAAGUAAUUCCAUACAAAAGACCAAACUGUGAACGAUGUAUUCAAACUGACUGCCAGUUGGAUCAUGAUCAGCAAGAGUCCAAAUCACACGUUCCGGCCUUGGUGUCAGGGUUAACAAAGGAGACCAAUCAGACUGUUAUGUGUGCCGAUUCCACGUGGCGUAUUUUGCGCGGGCCUGCAAUGUCUGAUGUAAGCACCAUGGUUGGACGCCAAACGACAGUCAGUCAGCAACAGACUGAGCUUAAUGCGCAGGAGGUCGAAACGGCUCUGCGUCAAAUGGAACGCGCAUCAAAGUCGGUGAUCACACACGCGAUGCAUCCGAAACAAAAACAGGCGGAACAAAAGUUGCACGUACUGGAUGACAAGGUGGAAUCUCGUCCAGCUGUGUGUACACGUGCCAAGCGUAUCCAGAAAGGAUCGCCUAUGUUGCAUUCAACGAGCUCUGAUAAGCAGCUGCAAGUGACUUGUCCCAAAGUUGAAGAGGAAAAGAGAAAAGAUCUUCGAAGUGGAAGGCCACUUAGAUCCCAAAGACGAUGUUAUCAGCGCGUAGUGGUCAACGUCGGACUUUACGAUACUUCCAGUAGUAAUAGUGGUGGUGGUGGUGGGGGUCUGACGCGCAAGUCAUUGUUUGAUUACAAAUACCCAGACCAAACAACCGGAAGUUCCAUGUCUGAUACAGAGGAUGUCAUAGAGACGACCGCCAGACCGGUUCGUAUUUCUCAAAGUUCCCAUGGACGAUGUAUCAGCGUCCCGUCCAAGUCGGUGAGUAUGUGCUUCCAUUUUGACCGUCAACCGGAAUGCUGUGAGAACAAGCAUCAGGGAACAAAACUUUAUCAGAAACACAAACGCCACAACAAUGAAGCUAGUGAUCCGCAUGGUCAGCGAAGUUGGUCAUUUGACGACCUGCGAACUUGUGGUUCCAAUUGGGAGAAAACAACAACUGUUGAAGAAAAUGAUACACACUAUGUGUGGACAGAGAGUUCCGACCGAGGUGGAAUUCAACUAGGUAACUGUCCGGGAAUCGAACGCAGUGCCAGUGGAGCACGUAGACGAAUCGAUCAACUGAGAAAUCGUCACGAAAACUAUCCGUACCAUUAUUGA